UCUGCUCCUUUCUCCGCCUCCCGCUUCAGCCGGGACCCCUCGACCCGAUCGGUCCCGGCGAGUAGUUACCAAGGGUGGGGGCCUACGUCCGCCUUGGGACACACAGACUCUGCCGUUUCGCCCGGGCUCCAUCACUCUCCUUUGUUCGCCGGGUUCUUUGAGCGCCACUUUCUCAGGAUUCAAAUGAAAAGGCUUCACUUCCUCGAUAAAAAAUGGGGUUUUCGAGUUUGAGGUAGUCUUCGCGGGAAAUGUGACGGUGUUAGGGAAACAUGGAGCUGUUACUGCUUGUGUUGCAGAUCAGACUGGAUGGGUUCUGGCUUGCCUCUGUGAGAGGCGGUUACCACCCACUUCUUUGUUGCUCUUUGUUCGAUCAGGAAAUGGACCCUACUUUGGAGGUUUAGGAGAGCAUGGGCAUCUUGUUUGAAAGCUGUUUCUAGGUGUUGGGAGUUUUGGUGUAGGAAAACUUUAAGGAGUAAUGCAGCAGUACUGAAUAAUCAGGUGAUAUUGGAAAUUAUUAUUAUGGACAGGGUCAUCCCAUGAAACCUCAUAGAAUCCGCAUGACCCAUAACUUGCUGCUAAAUUAUGGCUUAUAUAGAAAAAUGGAAAUAUAUAGGCCCCAUAAAGCCACUGCUGAAGAAAUGACAAAAUACCACAGUGAUGAGUACAUCAAAUUUCUACGUUCAAUAAGACCAGAUAACAUGUCUGAGUAUAGUAAGCAGAUGCAGAGAUUUAAUGUUGGAGAGGAUUGUCCAGUAUUUGAUGGACUCUUUGAGUUUUGUCAGCUUUCAACUGGGUUACACCAUGCUAAGAAGUCAGAAGCAUCGGGAUUCUGUUACGUUAAUGAUAUUGUACUUGCCAUCCUUGAAUUACUAAAGUAUCAUCAGAGAGUCUUAUAUAUUGAUAUUGAUAUCCAUCAUGGUGAUGGUGUUGAAGAAGCUUUUUAUACGACAGAUCGUGUAAUGACUGUAUCAUUCCAUAAAUAUGGGGAAUACUUUCCCGGAACAGGAGACUUAAGGGAUAUUGGUGCAGGAAAAGGCAAAUACUACGCUGUCAAUUUUCCAAUGAGAGACGGUAUAGAUGAUGAGUCCUAUGGGCAGAUAUUUAAGCCUAUUAUCUCAAAGGUGAUGGAGAUGUAUCAGCCCAGUGCUGUGGUGCUGCAGUGCGGCGCGGACUCGCUGUCCGGUGAUAGGCUUGGUUGCUUCAAUCUCACAGUCAAAGGUCAUGCUAAAUGUGUAGAAGUUGUGAAAACUUUUAAUUUACCAUUACUGAUGCUUGGGGGAGGUGGAUACACAAUUCGUAAUGUUGCUCGGUGUUGGACUUACGAGACUGCAGUUGCCCUCGAUUGUGAGAUUCCCAAUGAAUUGCCAUAUAAUGAUUACUUUGAGUAUUUUGGCCCGGACUUCAAACUGCAUAUUAGUCCUUCAAACAUGACAAACCAGAACACUCCAGAAUAUAUGGAAAAGAUAAAACAGCGUUUAUUUGAAAAUUUACGCAUGUUACCUCAUGCACCUGGCGUCCAGAUGCAAGCUAUUCCAGAAGAUGCUGUUCAUGAAGACAGUGGAGAUGAAGAUGGAGAAGACCCAGACAAGAGAAUUUCCAUUAGAGCAUCAGACAAACGAAUAGCUUGUGAUGAAGAAUUCUCAGAUUCUGAGGAUGAAGGAGAAGGAGGACGUAGAAAUGUGGCUGAUCAUAAGAAAGGAGCAAAGAAAGCUAGAAUUGAAGAAGACAAGAAAGAAACAGAGGACAAAAAAGCAGAUGUUAAGGAAGAAGAUAAAUCUAAGGACAAUAGUGGUGAAAAAACAGAUACCAAAGGAGCCAAAUCAGAACAGCUCAGCAACCCUUGAAUUUGAGUGUCUCACCAAUUUCAGAUACCAUAAAAGAGAAAAUAUUGGGAAGAAAAAUUUUUUCUUUUGGAAGACUUCUGGCUUCAUUUUAUACUACUUUGGCAUGGACUGUAUUUAUUUUCAAAAUGGCUUUUUUUUUUUGUUUUGUUUUCAUUUUUCUUGGCAAGUUUUAUUGUGAGUUUUCUAAUUAUGAAGCAAAAUUUCUUUUCUCCACCAUGCUUUAUGUGAUAGUAUUUAAAAUUGAUGUGUUAUUAUGUCAAAAACUGAUCUAUUAAAGAAGUAAUUGGCCUUUC